CAAUACCAGUGAAAUUCUAAGCUCAAGACUAUUAACCAAGUUGUAUCCAGGUUCAUGAUUAGUCAGGCUGACUCGGGGGAGAAAGGAACACAUCACAGAUUUAGCGUUAAUAUUCACACUCAGCAAUUUAAUCAAGGCACCUGUCCAGAAGUUAAUAGGAACAAAGCUUGACUUACAACACAAAGGAGAUCAAAAGAUAAACACUGUUUCCAGUUUUAUUUGUUUCCGUUCGGCACAGUUAUGAUCCACCAAAAAGGAGCCUUCUAACUAGUCUCAGAGCUGUUAUUAACAUGCAGACUCCAUUAAGAGACCAAAGAGCAGGCUUCCAUUUGCAGAGAGAAACCUCUUUGCCUUUUCCAUUUACACUUCAGGAUCAGAGCCUGACACCAAAUCCCCUUUGUGACAAGGGGCUAUCCAGCCCCUUUACAGCAGGCAAAGAGAUCGAAGACGCAGCAGGGGGCAGCCUGGCCCUACAGACCAGAGCGCAUGGAGAGCAGCAUUUGGGUCACCAGGCACAAUGUUUUCUUAGAAACAGACAGAAAGUAACUGGCCGGUUGCUGCCUGUACAAGCCCCACCCUGACGCGAGGCUGAGACUUUCCCCUCCCAUCACAAAACAUCUAACAACAGAGGACCCCUUGGCACACGGAAAGGAAGUUGCUGAAAAUAAACGCUAUUUGGAACUGUUUUAACUUCUUGUGCUGGCACUUUCUGAACUGGAUUCCCACUCCCCCUGCACUUGGACUGUAGCCGAGAAGGCUCUGAAAACAGAUUUAACAACCUCUUAACCAGCGUGAGGUGAGAGGACCCAGGCUACUGUAGGCAUCUCCUAUUGGAUGCUCCAUCCAAGAUGGCUGCCCUCAUCACUGAAAACUUCCGCUUCCUUUCUCUGUUCUUCAAAAGCAAAGACGUGAUGAUCUUCAAUGGCCUGGUGGCCCUGGGCACGGUGGGCAGCCAGGAGCUCUUCUCUGUGGUCGCCUUCCACUGCCCCUGUUCUCCGGCCAGGAACUACAUCUAUGGACUGGCUGCCAUCGGAGUCCCAGCCCUGGCCCUGUUCCUCAUCGGCGUCAUCUGGAACAACCACACCUGGAAUUUGGUGGCCGAGUGCCACAAGAGGGGGGCCAAGAACUUCUCAGCCGCAGCCACCUUCCUGCUCUUUGGCUCCAUCAUAGGGCGGGCUGCCGUGGCCCCUGUCACCUGGUCGGUCAUCUCACUGCUCCGCGGAGAAGCCUACGUCUGUGCCCUCAGUGAAUUUGUGGAUCCUGCCUCCCUAGAUAAAUUUCCAUCCAGAUAUGGACCGGAGACCCUGGCCAGGUUCCCUUGUAAAGACAUUCCAGGGAACUUGACAAGUUUUAAGGAAGAAGUGAUAAGAAGACUAAGAUACGAGUCCCAGCUCUUUGGAUGGCUGCUCAUUGGGGUCAUCGCAGUCUUGGUUUUCCUCACCAAGUGCCUGAAGCACUGCUGCUCGCCGCUCAGCUACCGGCAAGAGGGCUACUGGUCCCAGUACCGCUCUAGCGAGGCCAAGCUCUUCGAGCGCACUGCCGAAGUCCACUCCAAGAUCCUGGCUGCCAACAACGUCAAGCAGUUCUUCGGCUUCGUGGCUCUGAACAAGGAGGAGAAGGAGCUAGUGGAGGAGUUCCCAGUGGAGGGCGUCCAGCCAAGCCCGCAGUGGAACGCCAUCACCGGGGUCUAUAUCUACCGGGAAAAUCAGGGCUUCCCACUCUACAGCCGGCUCCAUAAGUGGGCCAAAGGGGUGGAGGGGAACGGGCCAGGGCCUGAUGGUCAGGAAAUGGUCUUCCUAGCCACAUAAGAGAACCAGCAGCCCAGGGGGAUGACAGAACCAGUUCCCCACACCAUCUUUAUUAUAUGGAGAUAUACCUAUCUCAUAGAACCGGAAGGGACCUUGAAAGGUCAUCAAGUCCAGUCCCCUGCCUUCACAGCAGGACCAAGUACUGUCCCUGACAGAUUCCCUCCCUCCCCGCCCCACGAUCCCUAAAUGCCCCUCUCAACCCUGGGUUUAGCAGGCCAAUGCUCAAACCACUGAGCUAUCCCUUCCCCCUCUCCCCCCAGACUUUCCCAUCAGACUUUGCUUCACUGUAUGUUCAAAUAGGUAAAAAUGGCACAGUAGCAUGGCUAGUCGAUUUGCUGCUAAUUCUCCUCCAAACAGCUGUUCCUCUUGGGCACAGCAAGGGAGGAAGGAUGAACAUUCACUCACUCACUCAUGCCCGUCACCCCAAUCGGGGUAUGGGCCGCCAACCACAGAUCUCCAGAGUCCUCUAUCCUGGGCCAACAGCUUCAGGAUAAAGACCAACCGCCUCGUGCCAGGAACCUGUCUCUAAGACACAACCAUGCACUGCUGCUCCCACACAGAGGACAUGGCACCUAAGCAGGUAGGUGCACCCUGUCGCCAGACUAUGAGUGCGGCAGCCCUACCGUUCUGAGGCACAGACCGAGCCGCCGGGUCCUGCGUACACAAAGACACAUUAAAGAUGGGAAACCAGCUACAAUACACUGCCAGGGUUUCCCCAUCUCAGCUACGAAUGCGGCAGCCUCUUUGCUCUCCUUCAUUUCAGGGUCAGGACAAGACAACCCAGCACAACUGCCUAUUUUAUUAUUAAGACUUUACCUUGCAGUUCUAUAGCAUAAACAAAUUCCCAGAGGACCUGAUGGGCAAUUGCAUCUGGGGUGGAACACAACAGCAGUCCAUCAAUGCACAGAAAAACUCCAGAGUCUAAGGGUUUGUCUACAUGAAGGAAGGGAGGGGGUAGUGUACCCUAACUUGGAUCAGUGCACAUUGAAAUGACCUGCGUUCACACAAUGCAGACCCUGAAAGCACAGUAGCUCCAUAGUUAAAGGGUAUAAAGUUCACCGGGCACUGAGUUCAUACAAACCCAUGUUCGUGUACGCACAUUUCUCAUUCACACUAUUUUAGCUGUCCUCUAAGUGCCACGCCACACUGCGUGUCCCCAGGACUGACCUGUCAGUUUCCCUGUGUAUCCUCCCCCUCCACUCCUCUGGGGUCAAGGUGACCUGAUGCCAGCAAGUAGGCCACUGAUAUUGCACAGGGAAAUUUAAUGAAGUGGAAUGUAAUUACCCAGUUGGAAACUGGCCAGGACACCAAAGACCCUUUUUCAAUGAGCACAUAUGGUCAACUUGGUUUUAUGUAUCCGGAAGACAGCACAGUCAGCAGACCUGCAUCCUGCUGAGCUGGCUUGGGACAGGUUGAGUCAUCACCACCACUUCCUGCAGCACCUUGGGAUUCUCAUUCAAGCACUGACCAGCUUCGCCCCCUGCUUAGGGUCUGAGACAUGGCAAGCUCAUAACCAGACUUAGUGCACACUCUUCACGCUUAAUUGUAUCAGUUAAGCAUCUUUCUCCCACUGGAAGGAGACCAGAAACCAGCCAGCCAAAAGACUGCAUUAUGAACAUGUCUUGUGCCUGUAGAGAAUGAUUUGCACUGAUUGGAAUCGGUGGGAUUCAGCCAUGGGAAGCAGUGACCACUCCUCCCUUCUUUCAUUGGGCUUUUAAAACUGUUUCCACUGCCUUAAAUGGCUCCUGAACGAGAUCCUCACAGAUUCUCUCUCAAGAACCAAACGCCACUCUGAGAAACGGAGAAAGGGGAGGUUUAAAUGUACCACUGUCAUUGCACUAUUGUGUUGUCCACUGGCUGGAGAAUUGAUGUGUGUUUAUAGCACUGCACAAUUCAUCUGUCUCUAACUGCAUGUUGAAUUAGUUACACACAA